GAGCAGCCGAGCCGACUCGACGAGGCCACCAGGAUCCAGCGCAAUGCGAACCUUCUUUUUCCAAUGUCUCACAAUAACCAUCCCGUUUAACAUUGCAGGACUCUACUUACGGCGACACCAGCCUUCAUUUGGGACGGCUGGGGGUCAAUUUGCUCGUAUCACGAGUUUGACAAAUGACAUAGGCUCGUGUAAAAGCAUUGCUGCUCGAUAACCAGGGACAGCAGUCGUGCAUGCAAUGGCAUCGUUGUUGAAAGGUGUUGGAUUCAUAACUGGUGCCGCAUCAGGGAUCGGAAAGGCGACAGCAUUCUCAUUUGCAAAGCAUGGCGCAAGAGCACUGGCAAUUGGUGACCUGAACUCCGCCGCAAUCAAUGAUACUGCUGCCGAAAUCAAAAACAGCUUCCCCAAUAUCGAAGUCCUCCCGCUCGAACUCGACGUCGGAGAUGAAAAGUCCAUUGAUGAGGUAGUCGCGCAAGCAGCAAGCAAGUUCGGUCGAAUUGAUUAUGCUGUCAACAAUGCUGGAGUUGGCGGCGAUAUGAUCCCCUCAGGGGGCCUUAGCUCCUCAGAUUGGCAGAGGGUUGUGAACAUCAAUCUCAGUGGUGUAUGGAAAAGUUCGAGGGCAGAAAUCCGCCAGAUGUCGAAGCAACAGCCGCUAGAACCCAACUCUGUCCGAUACAACCGGGGGACAAUCGUGAACAUGGCAUCCAUGUACGGUCUCAUCGCAACGUCGCUGAACACUCCAGCCGUAGCCUACACAGCGACAAAGCACGGCGUAAUUGGCCUGACCAAAGCCGAUGCGAUCGCAUACGCACGGGAAGGCAUCCGAAUCAAUGCCAUGUGUCCUGGCUACGUAGCAACACCGCUACUGAAGAACUCUAGCGCCUCUGAAAUUAUGCAGAGGGAAAUUGAGAGGACACCAGCAGGACGAAUAGCAGAAAUGGAGGAGAUUGCCGACACUAUUACCUUCAUGGUAUCUCCCAUGAGCAGCUUUAUGUAUGGCGCCGGUUUGGUCGCUGAUGGUGGAUUUACCAUCCAGUAAAAGUCUGGGACAGAAGUUUCAAAGUGGCUCGGCUUUGCCGGUUCAGGCAUGUAA